UCACCUGUUCAGGUCAAGACAACUUCAGGUUGGUGGGAGAGGCCAGCCGAUGUGCUGGGAGACUGGAGAUGUUCCAUCAAGAAGAGUGGAGACCAGUGGAUGCUUGGGGCAGUUACUGGAACAUGAACUCAGCUGCUGUAGUUUGUACUGAACUGGACUGUGGUUCUGUAGUUUCAGCAAAAAAGUCAACGGAAGCUUCAAAGAGACCAGUUUGGGAGAUCAGGUCUGAAUGUUUCAAGUCAGAAUCUGCAUUAAAGAACUGUUUACCUGAUGAUGAAAACAGUGAUCGGAGACUUGAGUUCAUCUGCUCAGACUCAGUCAGGCUGGUUCAAGGGACCAACCGGUGCUCAGGCAGACUGGAGGUGAAGACCAACCAGUCGUGGUCCUCAGUGUGUGAAAAAGACUUUGACCUGCAGGAUGCAAAGGUGGUCUGCAGGGAGAUUGGUUGUGGGUCUCCUUUAGUCCACCAGGGGGCGCUCUAUGGAGAAGUAGAGGCUCCACUGGGGAGCAGAGAGGUACUGUGUGAAGGCAGUGAGUCUGCUCUGCUGAACUGCAGCAGCAGGAAGAGUUCAGGUAGAAACAGCUGCUCACCUGGUCAAGCUGUUGGACUCACCUGUUCAGGUCAAGACAGCUUCAGGCUGGUGGGAGAGUGCAGCCAAUGUGCUGGGAGACUGGAGAUGAAACAUCAAAAAGAGUGGAGACCAGUGGAUGUUUGGGAUCGUUACUGGGACAUGAACUCAGCCUCUGCAGUUUGUGCUGAACUGGACUGUGGUUCUGCUGUUUCAGUUAGAAAGUCAAAGGAAGCUUCAGAGAGACCAGUUUGGUGGAUGAGCUCUGACUGUUCGAAGUCAGGAUCUGGAACAAAGAACUGUUUACUUUAUGAUAAAAACAGUGAUCGGAGCCAUGAGUUCAUCUGCUCAGACUCAGUCAGGCUGGUUCAAGGGACCAACCGGUGCUCAGGCAGACUGGAGGUGAAGACCGACCAGUCGUGGUCCUCAGUGUGUGAAAAAGACUUUGACCUGCAGGAUGCAAAGGUGGUCUGCAGGGAGAUUGGCUGUGGGCCUCCUUCAGUCCUCCAGGGGGCGCUCUACAGAGAAGCAGAGGCUCCAGUGGGGAGCAGAGAGUUCCUGUGUGAAGGCAGUGAGUCUGCUCUGCUGAAAUGCUGCAGCAGGAAGAGUUCAGGUAGAAAUAGCUGCUCACCUGGUCAAGCUGUUGGACUCACCUGUUCAGCGCCCCUCAGGUUGGUGGGAGAGGCCAGCCGAUGUGCUGGGAUACUGGAGAUGUUACAUCAAGAAGAGUGGAGACCAGUGGUCGUUUCGUCUGAUUACUGGAACAUGAACUCAGUUGCUGUGGUUUGUGCUGAACUGGACUGUGGUUCUGCUGUUUCAGCAAGAAAUUCAAAGGAAGAUUCAGUGAGACCAGUUUGGUGGAUCAGGUCUGACUGUUUUCAGUCAGGAUCUGCAUUAAAGAACUGUUUACCUGAUGAUAAAAACAGUGAUCAGAGCCAUGAGUUCAUCUGCUCAGGUCUGCUAGUUGAGCCACUCAUCUUCCUCUCUUCCUCCACUGACGGGGUCUCCACAGGCAGAAAGCAGGGGUCUGAGCUCCUCAUUGGCUCAGGUUUCAGCAUCAUGUGCUCCAUCAGACCUCAGUAUGAAGGCGGCUCCUUCCAGCUCAUCUUCAGCACCUCUAACUACACUCAGAACCACACCCUGCCAGCUGUUAAUCACUCCGCCCUCUUCCUGUUCUCUGCUGCUGGCCACGCCCACCAAGGAACCUACCGCUGCGUUUACCACGUCUACGUUUUCUCCUAUAACUUCUCCUCUAUGAGCCAGCCUCUCAACCUCACUGUCUCAGUUUCAGCCUCUCUCACUGCUUUGAUCAUCAGUGUGGUUGUCGUCCUGCUGGGUUUGCUGGGAUCAGUCCUGGUCCUCUACUUUAAGGCCAGGAGAAACCAGAAGUCUGGACCAGAAAACAACCAUCAUGAUGAAGGAUCCAGAGCUGAAGGCAGCUUAGAGGAGGAGACUGCAGUCUGAAGGAACCAGGAGAAAAUGAUCUUCAUUUCACAUCCACAGGAAGGAGCAGAGAGAUGUUUCAGACUCCUGGAAAUCUAUCCGUCUAUGUAUCUAUGAUAAAAUGUAUCCGUGCUCCUGCAGCAGGAAGGAAUAUAUAUAUAUAUAUAUAUAUAUAUAUA